AUGGACGCAGAGGAGACGCGGGCCGACGAUAGUCAGAUAACUGGGGGCGAGCGCGACAGGUUGGCGAGGGCGAAGAACGCUUUCACUAUUUUGAAGGCGAAGAUUAUUGCCACGCCGGUCCUGAAGCACUUCGACCCGGAACGCACUCCUGUCAUCGUGCUUUACGCGAAUAACGCCAUUGAUGCAGGAACACGAAGGUGUGUACCACCGGUGACCUCCACCAGUCGCACGCUGAAGGCAAACGAACUUAACUAUGGAGUGGUGGAUAAAGAGGUAUUGGCGCUUCUGCGAAUCUUGGACGUCUGUUAUUCGCAGCUGGUUACCAGAUCGAUCAAGGUCUUGUCACGAUUUUUGACAUUGACCUGGUUGCUCAAGUCGAACGGGUUCGACGGUCGACUGGGUAGGUGGGCAGCGCUGCUAUCAGGGUAG